AUGUAUCGUACAACCUUGCGAUCGGCCUCGAGGCCUGUAAUUGCUAGUCUGCGCUCAAGCACACUCCGCGCCGCUCCGAGACGAUUCGCUUCGACUGCUGCUCCUGCCGACAAGUCCCGGACAUGGAAGAGCUCUGUUGCGCGAUUGGGUCUGGCUGCUGCGGCCGUGUACUACUACAACACCAGCCCGGUCUUUGCUGAGGAGGCUGUUUCACAAAAGAUUGCCGCACCCGCUGCCUUUUCCGACGAUGAUCUUCCCACAGUCGACUCCGUUCUCGAGGAGAAGCGGAAACAUAUUAAGAAGCAGAGCCCCGACAAGGCCCCCGAGCCCGAGACCGGUGCCCAGAGCACAGCAGCCGCCGAUGGAUCACCCGCUGCAUUGGAGGAGGAGGCCGGCCAGCAGGGCGCCUUUAACCCCGAGACUGGAGAGAUCAACUGGGACUGCCCUUGCCUGGGUGGAAUGGCUCACGGACCUUGCGGCGAGGAGUUCAAGACUGCCUUUAGCUGCUUCGUCUUCUCAACUGAGGAGCCCAAGGGAAUGGACUGCAUCGACAAGUUCCAGGGCAUGCAAGAGUGCUUCAAGAAGUACCCCGAGAUUUACGGCGCUGAGCUAGCCGACGACGAAGAC